AAUUGAAAAUAAUGUCCGAGCCAUGAUUGAAAGGGUAAACACUAAUAUCGCAAGGUUAUACUUUGUAAAUGACCGCGACGUUCAAAUUCCGGUUCCGGCGAAUCUUGUCCUUAGAGACGUAAUCAACGGAUCUAAUCCAACAGUAGUUAGGUUGAAAGCUUAUAAGGAAGUUAAUAUGCAAA